GCGCGCCGCUGUCCGACACCACGGGACAUGUUCUAGGGGUUUCGGGUGGCGUGACGGAGACUGCGCCACGCACAGGAGACAUGCCACCCCCUCGUCCUAGACCGCCUGUCGGUGAUCCAUUAUUGGCGCCCACGGGCAGAGGCUCUCGAUCCCCACACACGCCUAGGAGACCUAGGAUUCGUGACACGACAGCAGUUCAGCGGGACGUGUAUGACACGGCGUUAUUUGGCACGACAGAAAUACAUUUGGAUUCGACCUGCCGUGUCACGGAGCAUACUGCACGCCUUCAGCUGGGCUUGGGACCCCGUGGCACCAGGACGACCGCGGCGAGGGAGGUACCAGCAUCAGGUUGUGAGCCUCAGCGAGGUCGCGACAAAGGAGUGUCUACCGAGAGCUUGGAGCACGCUUUGAGAGCAGCGAUGCGUGCCGUGCAUGAGCAGACUCCACUCAAGCGUGGAGUGCCUCCUCGUCCACGCCCCGUGCUUGCAGAGGGAGGCACUGCACUUGGAGAGAAUUCGGGGACGGAGGGGUUGGGGAUGCCUCAUGGAUCCCGACGUGAGCAGACGGUUGCAGAGGCUAGUACGAGGGUUGUUGUGUUGAGGAAGGGAGGAGGCCCUGUCACCAUCGAGGAGGAUGAUCCUGAUAUGGAUGCAGCAGUGCGGGAGGAGGACGAGGACUGUGAGGGCGAGGAGGAAGGAGAGGAGGAGAAGAAGAGCGGUUCCGAUGGUGACGACGACGACGACGACGAUGAGUCCCCACCUCCCCCACCGACGCGUGCAUCUAGACGCUCCGCUGCGCGGACUUCUUCAUCCGCACGAGGGAGGAGGAGGUCGACAUCCGACACUCGAGGGGGUACAAAGAGACGGAGCGGGAAGGGGAAGAAGGCUCGUUGACCGAUGAGGCCAACACUCCGCU